UUACUCUUAAAUCUCCCAACCGUUGAUAACCUUUCCAAUCCACGGUUCACAUUAACCCAUUUAAAACCUGUAAAGAAAACCAAAGUCACUCUUUUCCCGCUUUCUCCAUGUCUCUCCCUAUAAAUGAAACCCUUCCUUUCCCUCAUUCCUUCAUCGUUCAAAAAUUUGCUCUACAUUUCUGUAAAACGGUUUUAAUCAAUUUUUUAGAAUUAAAAUGGCACGGACCAAGCAGACCGCUAGGAAAUCAACCGGAGGAAAGGCGCCACGUAAGCAGCUAGCCACAAAAGCCGCUCGCAAGUCGGCUCCAGCAACCGGAGGAGUGAAGAAGCCUCACCGUUUCAGGCCAGGAACCGUGGCCUUGAGAGAAAUAAGGAAGUACCAGAAGAGCACGGAGUUAUUGAUACGGAAACUUCCAUUUCAGAGGCUGGUGAGAGAAAUCGCUCAAGAUUUCAAGACGGAUCUGAGGUUCCAGAGCAGCGCCGUGGCUGCCCUUCAAGAAGCAGCAGAGGCGUAUCUGGUGGGACUAUUUGAGGAUACCAAUCUUUGUGCUAUUCAUGCAAAGAGGGUUACUAUUAUGCCCAAAGAUAUUCAGCUCGCUAGAAGGAUUAGAGGGGAAAGAGCUUAAGCCAGAUGUGUUGGUUUAGAAUUUGAAGAUGUGGGAUUUCGCUUAGUCUUUUGCAUUUUUUGGUUGUAAUGAUGUGAAGUGACGAAAUCAAAUGGGUACUUCUCCCUAUUAAUCUAUCGUUUGACUCAAAACUAUUUGUUAAUCUGAUUUUGAGUUUGAAGUAAUUGCCCGUAUAUUUUGGUUCUUUUUCUUCUAGGAUAUGUACUCUAAUUGUCUACUAAAAAAAAAUUUGGGAUUGAUAUGAAGCCUGGUGCCGGGCUUGUUGGCCUGGGAUGAGGGACGUUGUCGUUGGUUUCACAGUUCGGAACUCAAAUUCUUCUACCGUCUGCUUCUCUCUUCUGCAAAAUCUACUAGUGAACUUGGCUUUGGACAGGAGGCAAUAA